AUGGGUAUCAACGACGACCUCAGCAUCGAUGGCCUAUACCUGCGAACGAAAGAUGGACGAGAGGAUGUCCACAAUUCUAUUUAUGAAGAGAUAGAGAAUAUGCCUGCCGGAAUUCCACGCCUACACCGGCCUACUGCUGUGAAGAACUUGUAUGAGAUCUUUAGGGAUCAGCGGGCUGGAUGGCCAGUUACGAAACGGGAGGAACUGAUUGAUGAAGACGAUUCUUCCUCUGAGGAUGAACAGGAAGAAUUGAAGGUUCCGAUUUCGAAUUCAGAAGUCGCAUCCGAGCAGGAUUCUGAGGAAUCUGCAUCGGAGGAAGAGGAGGCGGACAUUGAGAUUUCCGAGGAAGAUGAUGAACAAGAAGAAGACAAAGAAUCAUUCAACUUCCCAUUCAACUUCCAAUCCGAAUUCGUUCUCUACAACUGUCUCGUAACAAUCGUCAAAGCCAACGAGCCCAAAUCCCGCUGGCAAACCAAACUUUCUGCAUUCCUCGAGGAUCACCCUUUCCACUUCCAGCAAAGCCCUGACCUAAAUUGGAUCGAUAUGCGAUAUCUCCGAUUCUCAUGCCUCUGCAAAGCCCUCAACAGGAUUGACUGGCUCGAUUCCCCCCAUAGCAAUGUCUGGUGGAGCUGGGACACCUUUGACGAAGUGGAUCUGGAAUCCACCACGGGUCAGGCCCGACUGGGAUGUGACUGGGACUUUGGAAGAGCCGUGUGGAAGGGUUUUGAGGGGAAAUGGAAGAUUCUCAAGGGUCCUCAUGAUGGGCCUUUCAAUGUGGAUAUUGAAAAGUCUCCUUUGUUUACCAUUAUCAUUCGAGAUGGAGUUACAGGUUUGUCUGAUCCCAGUCGUACUUAA